CCCGAGCGGGGAAGCAGCGGAGGAGGCGGCUCGGCGGGCCCCAGCCGACGAUCGGGCCGGGCGGCGGGGGAGGCUGGCAGGCGGUACCCGCAGCGCUGGGAGAGCGGCGCCGCGGGGUGGGCGCUCCCGGAGAGAGGUGUCCGCUCCAUGCGUGCGGGCCGAGUCCGGCCCCUGCGAGCCGCCGACAUGAAGAAAGACGUGCGGAUCCUGCUGGUGGGAGAACCUAGAGUUGGGAAGACAUCACUGAUUAUGUCUCUGGUCAGUGAAGAAUUCCCAGAAGAGGUUCCUCCCCGGGCAGAAGAAAUUACCAUUCCAGCUGAUGUCACCCCUGAGAGAGUUCCAACACACAUCGUAGAUUACUCAGAAGCAGAACAGAGUGAUGAACAGCUUCAUCAAGAGAUAUCACAGGCUAAUGUCAUCUGCAUAGUUUAUGCUGUUAACAACAAGCAUUCUAUCGAUAAGGUAACAAGUCGAUGGAUUCCUCUCAUAAAUGAAAGAACGGACAAAGACAGCAGGCUGCCUUUGAUUUUGGUUGGGAACAAAUCUGAUCUGGUAGAAUACAGUAGUAUGGAGACCAUCCUUCCCAUUAUGAACCAGUACACAGAAAUUGAAACCUGUGUGGAGUGUUCAGCAAAAAACCUGAAGAACAUAUCAGAGCUCUUUUAUUAUGCGCAGAAAGCUGUUCUUCAUCCUACAGGGCCCCUGUACUGCCCAGAGGAGAAGGAGAUGAAACCAGCCUGUAUAAAAGCCCUCACCCGCAUAUUUAAAAUAUCUGAUCAAGAUAAUGAUGGCACUCUCAAUGAUGCCGAACUCAACUUCUUCCAGAGAAUUUGUUUCAAUACUCCAUUAGCUCCCCAGGCUCUGGAAGAUGUCAAGAAUGUAGUCCGAAAACAUAUAAGUGAUGGUGUGGCUGACAGUGGAUUGACAUUGAAAGGUUUUCUUUUUUUACAUACACUUUUUAUCCAGAGAGGGAGACACGAAACUACUUGGACUGUGCUUCGACGAUUUGGUUAUGACGAUGAUCUGGAUUUGACACCCGAGUAUUUAUUCCCCUUGCUAAAAAUACCUCCUGAUUGUACUACUGAAUUAAAUCAUCAUGCAUAUUUGUUUCUGCAGAGCACCUUUGACAAGCACGAUUUGGAUAGAGACUGUGCUUUGUCACCUGAUGAGCUUAAAGAUUUGUUUAAAGUUUUCCCUUACAUACCGUGGGGGCCAGAUGUGAAUAACACAGUUUGUACAAAUGAAAGAGGCUGGAUAACUUACCAGGGAUUUCUUUCCCAGUGGACGCUCACGACCUACUUAGACGUCCAGCGAUGCCUGGAGUAUUUGGGCUAUCUAGGCUAUUCUAUAUUGACGGAGCAAGAGUCUCAGGCUUCUGCCAUUACAGUAACAAGAGAUAAAAAGAUAGACCUUCAGAAAAAACAGACUCAAAGAAAUGUGUUCAGAUGUAAUGUAAUUGGGAUGAAAAACUGUGGGAAGAGUGGCGUUCUUCAGGCUCUUCUUGGAAGAAACUUAAUGAGGCAGAAGAAGAUUCGCGAUGAUCAUAAGUCCUACUAUGCGAUCAACACUGUUUAUGUAUAUGGACAAGAGAAAUACUUGUUGUUACAUGAUAUCUCCGAAUCAGAAUUCCUAACUGAGGCUGAGAUCAUUUGUGAUGUUGUGUGCCUGGUAUAUGACGUCAGUAACCCCAAGUCCUUUGAAUACUGUGCUAGGAUUUUUAAGCAACACUUCAUGGACAGCAGAAUACCUUGCUUAAUCAUAGCUGCAAAGUCGGACCUGCAUGAAGUUAAACAAGACUAUAGUAUUUCACCUGCUGAUUUCUGCAGGAAACAUAAAAUGCCUCCGCCACAAGCCUUCACUUGCAAUACUGCUGAUGCACCCAGUAAAGAUAUCUUUGUUAAACUGACAACGAUGGCCAUGUACCCAGAGGAUCAUUACAGAAACAGACUCUCCCGAGACAUGGGCAACACUGAUAGAAUAGAGAAUUUGAGAAAAAUCUGGGUCUUUCUAAAAACUGCUUUCCAUGCCCGGUUACGCUGUAUGUGCACCUGCAACAGGUGUACAUUUUGCAUCUGUCAGAACUUCCUCAACUCAGACUUGCUGCAAUCUGUAAAGAACAAAAUCUUCACUGCAGUUCUUAACAGUUUUAGUUCUGCCCUUUAGAACAACAUACGACUAUUCUACUCCCUCUUCAACCUAGCAAUCCUUCAGACAUUUGAAGACGGCCAUCAUGUCUCCCCUAAUUUUCUCUUCUCCAGGUAGAACAUCCCCAUUUCUUUCAGCCUUUUCUUAAAUUAGAUGGUUUAGUGACCUCAUCAGUCCUGGUUGUCCUCGUCUGAAAGCCCUUUAGGUUUUCAGAGUUCCUCUUAAAAGAGGUGCUGCUGAGAAUGGGGAGCAGUGCUCCAUGUGUGAUGGGACCAGUCUCAAACAGCGGGGUCAUGUCCCACAGUCAGAACAGCACCUGUCUGCUGCAUGAAGUGACGUUGUUAGCAGCCCCAUUCCACUGUGGAUGCAUAUGAAUCUCGGGGUUCACUGAAAUCAGAUAUUUUUUUCAUACGAGGUACUAUUAAGGCAGCAUCCCCUCCUCUCUAAUUGUGUACUUGACAUUUUUAGUUGAGUCUUUGAAUCUAAACACAGAUACAUAUGUAUCUCUAUUAAGUGUCAUAUUCUUCUUUUUGAUCCAUUUGUUCUAGCUCAGUCAUUUCAAACAUUAUUUCUGUCAUUUGUCCCAUUAUCUAUCUCUCUUGGCAUUGUGUUAUUUGCAAACUUGAUAGAUAUGUCUUCUUUAUCGUUCAAGUUAUUGAUAAAAAAUAAUGUUGAAUACCAAGAGAUUGGAGAGAGAGAGGGAGCCAAAGCCAGCAAGCCCUGAAGUAUUCCCUUGGAGAACUCUUUUCCCAGUGACACAGGUUUAAAAUUCUUGGGAAAAGAUUAUUCUGUAAAUUAAAAAUAUUUUAUUAUCCAGUCCAUAUUUUACCUUAGUAUCUUAUAAGAAUUUCAUGGAGGGCUUUUUUGAAAUCAAGAUGCAGUUUCCUUUUCUUUUUUUCCCAAUAUGUAAUUUCUAACACAUUCUUCUGAUCUAUCAAUCUAUCAAUGUAGUAAUUUUAUCUAAAUAGGAAGUGACAUUUAUUUGGUGUCUUAUUCUCAGUGAACCCACCUUGGCUCCUAAUAAUUGCUAAUCAAAACCAUCUGUUUCACUUAUUCUAUGAGAUCUUGAGUGUCCGUAACUUGCAGAUUGAUUGAUUGUCUGCAUCUUUAGGGACAAUUUUAUUCUUAGGUCGGUUUAGUCAGCUUCCAAAUGGAAAAGGUUGGGUGUGUAUUAAUUGAUGAGCUUGCUCAUGGUAAAGUACUCUGUACAAAGAUCUUUGAAGGGAAAUCAAGUACAUCUUGUCAUAACUAUUUAUAAACUAGAACUAAUUUAAUGGUAGUGUCAGCAUACAUCCCGACAUCUAGUAAUCAAGAAUGGAAUGAAUGAAAAAGAUGAGGGAACCCAAUGUACCUUUCGAAGAACUCCUUCCUGAUUCCUUGCAGUGUUUCAGAAUUUUGUAGAAGUCCAGUGGGAAUUUAGGACUUCUGUACUGAAGUUUCCCCUAGUUUACAAAAGGAUGUAGAUAAGGUAGAUGGGGGUGGAACCCCAGAACUUGAGUACCUACAGGAUCGGGAUAGGUAAUGUCAGUGCACGAAGGUAGUCAGGUAUGAGAAGUAAGAGACGUAGGGACUGUGACAGGCCCUGUCUAAAAGAGGCAGCCACAACUCAGCUCUGGCCUUUUGUUGUCCGGGCUGGCUCGUGCCAGGUCUUCUGAUUCUGUGGGACACGAGACAUCAGGAUUUUUAUGUGAAAUUUCCUGCUAUUCAAAUAAUGGCAAGUAAAUUUAAGUCUUUAAAAGCACUGAUCAGAACAAAACAUGUUUACAGGCCAGCAGCUUGCAACCUCAGUGUUAAGAUACGGCCUAGAGUUGUGCAAUUGCAGGACAAAAAAAAAAGAAAAA